GCCGCCGCCCCCGGCCCUGCGAGGAGAGUCCCGGGCCGGCCCGGCUGCCGCGCGUGGAGCGCCGUCGGCGGCCUGGUCUGCGGCUGAGAUACACAGAGCGACAGAGACAUUUAUUGUUAUUUGUUUUUUGGUGGCAAAAAGGGAAAAUGGCGAACGACUCCCCUGCAAAAAGUCUGGUGGACAUCGAUCUCUCCUCCCUGCGGGAUCCUGCUGGGAUUUUUGAGCUGGUGGAAGUGGUUGGAAAUGGCACCUAUGGACAAGUCUAUAAGGGUCGACAUGUUAAAACGGGUCAGUUGGCAGCCAUCAAAGUUAUGGAUGUCACUGAGGAUGAAGAGGAAGAAAUCAAACUGGAGAUAAAUAUGCUAAAGAAAUACUCUCAUCACAGAAAUAUUGCAACAUAUUAUGGUGCUUUCAUCAAAAAGAGCCCUCCAGGACAUGAUGACCAACUCUGGCUUGUUAUGGAGUUCUGUGGGGCUGGGUCCAUUACAGACCUUGUGAAGAACACCAAAGGGAACACACUCAAAGAAGACUGGAUUGCUUACAUCUCCAGAGAAAUCCUGCGGGGACUGGCACAUCUUCACAUUCAUCACGUGAUUCACCGGGAUAUCAAGGGCCAGAAUGUGUUGCUGACUGAGAAUGCAGAGGUGAAACUUGUUGACUUUGGUGUGAGUGCUCAGCUGGACAGGACAGUGGGGCGGAGAAAUACGUUCAUAGGCACUCCCUACUGGAUGGCUCCUGAGGUCAUCGCCUGUGAUGAGAACCCGGAUGCCACCUAUGAUUACAGAAGUGAUCUUUGGUCUUGUGGCAUUACAGCCAUCGAGAUGGCAGAAGGUGCUCCCCCUCUCUGUGACAUGCAUCCAAUGAGAGCACUGUUUCUCAUUCCCAGAAACCCUCCUCCCCGGCUGAAGUCAAAAAAAUGGUCGAAGAAAUUUUUUAGUUUUAUAGAAGGGUGCCUGGUGAAGAAUUACACGCAGCGGCCCUCUACAGAGCAGCUUUUGAAACAUCCUUUUAUAAGGGAUCAGCCAAAUGAAAGGCAAGUUAGAAUCCAGCUUAAGGAUCAUAUAGAUCGUACCAGGAAGAAGAGAGGCGAGAAAGAUGAAACUGAGUAUGAGUACAGUGGGAGUGAGGAAGAAGAGGAGGAAGUGCCUGAACAGGAAGGAGAGCCAAGUUCCAUUGUGAACGUGCCUGGUGAGUCUACUCUUCGUCGAGAUUUCCUGAGACUGCAGCAGGAGAACAAGGAACGUUCUGAGGCUCUUCGGAGACAACAGUUACUACAGGAGCAACAGCUCCGGGAGCAGGAAGAAUAUAAAAGGCAACUGCUGGCGGAGAGACAGAAGCGGAUUGAGCAGCAGAAAGAACAGAGGCGACGGCUAGAAGAGCAACAAAGGAGAGAGCGUGAAGCUAGAAGGCAGCAGGAACGUGAACAGCGAAGGAGAGAACAAGAAGAAAAGAGGCGUCUAGAGGAGUUGGAGAGAAGGCGCAAAGAAGAAGAGGAGAGGAGACGGGCAGAAGAAGAAAAGAGGAGAGUUGAAAGAGAACAGGAGUAUAUCAGGCGACAGCUAGAAGAGGAGCAGCGGCACUUGGAAGUCCUCCAGCAGCAGCUGCUCCAGGAGCAGGCCAUGUUACUGGAGUGCCGAUGGCGGGAGAUGGAGGAGCACCGGCAGGCAGAGAGGCUCCAGAGGCAGUUGCAACAAGAACAAGCAUAUCUCCUGUCUCUACAGCAUGACCAUAGGAGGCCGCACCCGCAGCACUCGCAGCAGCCGCCACCACAGCAGCAGGAAAGGAGCAAGCCAAGCUUCCACGCUCCCGAGCCCAAAGUCCACUACGAGCCUGCCGACCGAGCGCGAGAGGUGGAAGAUAGAUUUAGGAAAACUAACCACAGCUCCCCUGAAGCGCAGUCUAAGCAGACAGGCAGAGUAUUGGAGCCACCAGUGCCUUCCCGAUCAGAGUCUUUUUCCAAUGGCAACUCCGAGUCUGUGCAUCCCGCCCUGCAGAGACCAGCGGAGCCACAGGUACAGUGGUCCCACCUGGCAUCUCUCAAGAACAAUGUUUCCCCUGUCUCGCGAUCCCAUUCCUUCAGUGACCCUUCUCCUCCCAAAUUUGCACACCACCAUCUUCGUUCUCAGGACCCAUGUCCACCUUCCCGCAGUGAGGUGCUCAGUCAGAGCUCUGACUCUAAGUCAGAGACGCCCGACCCUACCCAAAAGGCUUGGUCUAGAUCAGACAGUGACGAGGUGCCUCCAAGGGUUCCUGUGAGAACAACAUCUCGCUCCCCUGUUCUGUCCCGUCGAGAUUCCCCACUGCAGGGCAGUGGGCAGCAGAAUAGCCAGGCAGGACAGAGAAACUCCACCAGCAGUAUUGAACCCAGGCUUCUGUGGGAGAGAGUGGAGAAGCUGGUGCCCAGACCUGGCAGUGGCAGCUCCUCAGGGUCCAGCAACUCAGGAUCCCAGCCCGGGUCUCACCCUGGGUCUCAGAGUGGCUCCGGGGAACGCUUCAGAGUGAGAUCGUCAUCCAAGUCUGAAGGCUCUCCAUCUCAGCGCCUGGAAAACGCAGUGAAAAAACCUGAAGAUAAAAAAGAAGUUUUCAGACCGCUCAAGCCUGCUGGCGAAGUGGAUCUGACCGCACUGGCCAAAGAGCUUCGAGCGGUGGAAGAUGUACGGCCGCCUCACAAAGUGACGGACUACUCCUCGUCCAGUGAGGAGUCGGGGACGACAGAUGAGGAGGACGAUGAUGUGGAGCAGGAAGGGGCCGACGAGUCCACCUCGGGACCGGAGGACACCAGAGCAGCGUCAUCUCUGAAUUUGAGCAAUGGUGAAACGGAAUCUGUGAAAACCAUGAUUGUCCAUGAUGAUGUAGAAAGUGAGCCGGCCAUGACCCCAUCCAAGGAGGGCACUCUAAUCGUCCGCCAGAGUACAGUUGACCAAAAGCGUGCCAGCCAUCAUGAGAGCAAUGGCUUUGCCGGUCGCAUUCACCUCUUGCCAGAUCUCUUACAGCAAAGCCAUUCCUCCUCCACUUCCUCCACCUCCUCCUCCCCAUCCUCCAGCCAGCCGACACCCACCAUGUCCCCACAGACACCCCAGGACAAGCUCACUGCUAAUGAGACUCAGUCCGCUAGUAGCACACUCCAGAAACACAAAUCUUCCUCCUCCUUUACACCUUUUAUAGACCCCAGAUUACUACAGAUUUCUCCAUCUAGUGGAACAACAGUGACUUCUGUGGUGGGAUUUUCCUGUGAUGGGAUGAGACCAGAAGCCAUAAGGCAAGAUCCUACCCGGAAAGGCUCAGUGGUCAAUGUGAAUCCUACCAACACUAGGCCACAGAGUGAUACCCCAGAGAUUCGUAAAUACAAGAAGAGGUUUAACUCUGAAAUUCUGUGUGCUGCCUUAUGGGGAGUGAAUUUGCUAGUGGGUACAGAGAGUGGCCUGAUGCUGCUGGACAGAAGUGGCCAAGGGAAGGUCUAUCCUCUGAUCAACCGAAGACGAUUUCAACAAAUGGACGUACUUGAGGGCUUGAAUGUCUUGGUGACAAUAUCUGGCAAAAAGGAUAAGUUACGUGUCUACUAUUUGUCCUGGUUAAGAAAUAAAAUACUUCACAAUGAUCCAGAAGUUGAGAAGAAGCAGGGAUGGACAACCGUAGGGGAUUUGGAAGGAUGUGUACAUUAUAAAGUUGUAAAAUAUGAAAGAAUCAAAUUUCUGGUGAUUGCUUUGAAGAGUUCUGUGGAAGUCUAUGCGUGGGCACCAAAGCCAUAUCACAAAUUUAUGGCCUUUAAGUCAUUUGGAGAAUUGGUACAUAAGCCAUUACUGGUGGAUCUCACUGUUGAGGAAGGCCAGAGGUUGAAAGUGAUCUAUGGAUCCUGUGCUGGAUUCCAUGCUGUUGAUGUGGAUUCCGGAUCAGUCUAUGACAUUUAUCUACCAACACACGUAAGAAAGAACCCACACUCUAUGAUCCAGUGUAGCAUCAAACCCCAUGCAAUCAUCAUCCUCCCCAAUACAGAUGGAAUGGAGCUUUUGGUGUGCUAUGAAGAUGAGGGGGUUUAUGUAAACACAUAUGGAAGGAUCACCAAGGAUGUAGUUCUACAGUGGGGAGAGAUGCCUACGUCAGUAGCGUAUAUUCGAUCCAAUCAGACAAUGGGCUGGGGAGAGAAGGCCAUAGAGAUCCGAUCUGUGGAAACUGGUCACUUGGAUGGUGUGUUCAUGCACAAAAGGGCUCAAAGACUAAAAUUCUUGUGUGAACGCAAUGACAAGGUGUUCUUUGCCUCUGUUCGGUCUGGUGGCAGCAGUCAGGUUUAUUUCAUGACCUUAGGCAGGACUUCUCUUCUGAGCUGGUAGAAGCAGUGUGAUCCAGGGAUUACUGGCCUCCAGAGUCUUCAAGAUCCUGAGAACUUGGAAUUCCUUGUAACUGGAGCUUGGAGCUGCACCGAGGGCAACCAGGACAGCUGUGUGUGCAGACCUCACGUGUUGGGUUCUCUCCCCUCCUUCCUGUUCCUGUUUUACCAGUUUAUCCCCAUUCUUUUUUUUUUUUUUUUUUUUUUCUUACUCCAAAAUAAAUCAAGGCUGCAAUGCAGCUGGUGCUGUUCAGAUUCUACCAUCAGGUGCUAUCAGUGUUUGGGAUUGAGCAUCAUACUGGAAAGCAAACACCUUUCCUCCAGCUCCAGAAUUCCUUGUCUCUGAAUGACUCUGUCUUGUGGGUGUCUGACAGUGGCGACCAUGAACACGCCGUUGGUUUUAUUGGCAGUGGGCACAAGGAGGUGAGAAGUGGUGGUAAAAGGAGCAGAGUGCUGAAGCAGAGAGCAGAUUUAAUAUAGUAACAUUAACAGUGUAUUUAAUUGACAUUUCUUUUUUGUAAUGUGACAAUAUGUGGACAAAGAAGAAGAUGCAGGUUUAAGAAGUUAAUAUUUAUAAAAUGUGAAAGACACAGUUACUAGGAUAACUUUUUUGUGGGUGGGGCUUGGGAGAUGGGGUGGGGUGGGUUAAGGGGUCCCAUUUUGUUUCUUUGGAUUUGGGGUCGGGGGUCCUGGCCAAGAACUCAGUCAUUUUUCUGUGUACCAGGUUGCCUAAAUCAUGUGCAGAUGGUUCUAAAAAAAAAAAAAAAAGGAAAAAAAAAGAAAAAGAAAAUGUGUGCAUUUUGUAUAAUGGCCAGAACUUUGUUGUGUGACAGUAUUAGCACUGCCUCAGUUAAAGGUUUAAUUUUUGUUUAAACCUAGAAGUGCAACAACAGUUUUACCACAGUCUGCACUUGCAGAAGAAAGAAAAAAGUUCAAACCACAUGUUUAUUUUUUUUGCCUACCUCAUUGUUCUUAAUGCAUUGAGAGGUGAUUUAGUUUAUAUGUUUUUGGAAGAAACCAUUAAUGUUUAAUUUAAUCUUAAUACCAAAAUGACCAGAUUGAAGUUUGACUUUUAUUGUCACAAGUCAGCAGGCACAAGAACUGUCCAUGAAGAUGGGAAAUAGCCUUAAGGCUGAUGCAAUUUACUUCCAAGUUUAGAAAGCAGAAUGCUUUGUUUUCACCAGAUUCAGCGUUAAAGGUUGAUGGGGCAACUGCAGCCCGUGACACAAGAGAUCUCAGUGUUCUCGAUGUGGGGGGUGGGUGGUAGCAGACAGGUGGUCACAUUAGAAUAGUCACACAAACUGUUCAGUGUUGCAGGAACCUUUUCUCGUGGGCGGGGGUUUCCCUUUUCUAAAAAUGCAAUGCACUAAAACUAUUUUAAGAAUGUAGUGAAUUCUGCUUAUUCAUGAAGUCGGCAUCUUCUGUGUUUUAGGUGUAAUACCGAAGUCCUGGCUUUUCUUGUUUCCUCACUUGCUCUCUUGUUCUCUGUUUUUUAAACCGAUUUUCCUUUAUGAAUAUAUUCAUGACAUUUGUAAUAAAUGUCUUGAGAAAGAAUCUGUUUCAUGGCUUCAUGGUCAUCACUCAGCUCCCCUAAGGAUGUUACCGUCUCAGAAAAGGAUCAGGGGCUCCGUGUCCCAGUCCUGUCAUCUGACUUUCCUCUUGUCGAGUUCCGAGUGGAAAUACUGCAUUAUGGCCGCUUUAACCUCAGUCAUCGAAAGAAACUUGCUGUUUUUUAGGCUUAAUCUUCUUCCUUUGUGGUUACUUUUCCUGUAUAUUGUGAAAAUGGGGGAUUUUCCCUCUGCCCCCACCCACCUAAACACAGCAGCCAUUUGUACCUGUCUGCUUCCCAUCCCACUUGGCACCCACUCUGGCCCCUGUCAGUUUCCUCUUCCUGGUUCAGCAUUUUUGAAAAAGGCCCUCCUUUCAGCUACAAACAUCUGGUAAGUCAAGUACAUCCAUCCACCCAUGAAUGCAGACACAGCAGCUGGUGGUUUUGUGUAUACCCAUAAAGACAAGAUAAGCUGAGAAGCCUUACUUUUUGGGGAGGGAAAAGAAGAUGGAAAUGGAUGUUUCAUUUGUACGAAUUUGGAGCAGUGCUGAAGGCCAAAGCCGCCUACUGGUUUGUAAUUAACCUAGAGAAGGUUGAAAAGUUAAUCUUACCUUUAAAGGGAUUUGAGGUAGGCUGGAUUCCAUCACCACAGGACUUUAGUUAGAAUUAAAUUCCUGCUUGUGAUUUAUAUCCACGCUUAGGCUUUUCAUAAGAUGAAACAUGCCACAGUGAACACACUUGUGUACAUAUCAAGAGAAGAAGGAAAGGCACAGGUGACUGUGGCUCCUUCCCUGGCUUUAGAGAACAGUAAAAGGUGGGCAGAUGUCUUUGAAGAAAUGCUCAAUGUCUGAUGUUAAGUGGGAGAAGGCAGAGAACAAAGAAUGUGGCAUCGUGGUCUUGCAUUAUCCAAAGACUUGAAGCUCCACAUCUGUAAGUCAAGGGUUACACAAAAAAUGCAAAUGAUGUUUCACUGGAAUUACCAAGUGCUUAGAACUUGAGGAAAACUGGCUUUCCCAUAGGUGGUGAAGGGGUCUGAGCUCACACCGAGUUGUGCUUGCUCUGCUUGUGUAGCUCCAGGCACCCCGUGGGCACUGUCUUGGUGUUUGUGGUGAACUGAAUGGAAUCCAUUGUUGAACUUAAGUUACUGAAAUUGGACCACCCUUUGUCCCUUUAGGCGGGGGCUUCCUGGUCUGUGCUUUACUUGCCUUUUUUCCUUCCCUUCUUAGCCUCACCCCCUUGUAAACCAGAUUGAGUUGCUAUAGCUUGAUGCAGGUACCCAGUGAAGUUUCUCCAUAAAAGAUUAGGAGUCGUUGAAAUGUUUAGAUUCUUUUAGGAAAGGAGUUGUUUUCCCCCCUUUUACAGGGUAGUGACUUCUCCACAGAAGUGCCAAUAUGGCAAAAUUACACGAGAAAACAGUAUUGUAAUGAUUCCAUUACAUACGGAACAUUGAACUGUUAUAGGAGUGCUCUUCCAAACAAAACAAAAAUAUCUCUAGAUUUAGUCAAAGCUUUCGUAAGUAAUAACCUUUCUGUAUUGAGAUCAGAGUAACCCUUUCUGUAUUGAGUGCAGUGUUUUUACUUUUUUCUCAUGCACAUGUUAAUUAAUGUUGGAGAAAAUGUUUACAAAAAUGGUUUUGUUACACUAAUGCGCACCACAUAUUUAUGGUUUAUUUUAAGUGAUUUUUUUAAUGGGUUAUUUAGGUUUUCGUCUUAGUUGUAGCACACUUACCCUAAUUUUGCCAAUUAUUAAUUUGCUAAAUAGUAAUACAAAUGACAAACUGCAUUAAAUUUACUAAUUAUAAAAGCUGCAAAGCAGACUGGUGGCAAGUACACAGCCCUUUUUUUUGCAGUGCUAACUUGUCUACUGUGUAUUAUGAAAAUUACUGUUGUCCCCCCAACCUUUUUUCCUUAAAUAAAGUAAAAAUGACACCUA